AUGUUGGAUAGAUUUAGGAACGUUGAAUUGGCAAACUUCCAUCAGAAGUGCAUGCCAAGAUCUGUUGAAGGAGAUCUACUCUCAGCCGAUCCAGAGAUCGAACGAAGUUUAAGAAGAAGGCAGAGAGAAAAUAGAGCAGCGAGAAAUCAGAUGGAAAAUCCAGUCCAGCAUUGUAUAUACACUGGUCGGGCAGCCAAGUUUCCAGUUGAAGACAAAUGUGAUACAACUAUUCCAGAACGGACAUCAAUAGUCAGCAUUACUACCUGGAAUGACUUAGCUCAAAAGUUCUGUACUAAGUUCUUCCCACCGGCCAAGAUAGCAAAGCUAAAGCACGACAUAUCUAUCUUCAAGCAAGCUUUCAAGAGCAUGGUCGACUCUUCGGCUAAUGGGUCAUUGUCCACGAAAACAAUUGACGAAGCAUUGAAGUUAUAUGAGACAAUGGUGGAAAACAUGACUCAGUCAGCUAACGCAGCUCAGACAAAGAAGGCAACUUGUGAGGAAUGUGGAGCUGAGCAUGUGAUAGCGAAAUGUCCAAUUUUGGCACAAGAAAAAGAGCAAGCAGAUUUUGCUCAAUGGGGACAACGCCAGCAGAAUAACACAUACAGAGAGACCUACAACCCAAGCUGGAAAAAGCACCCAACUUUUCUUGGAGCAACCAAAAUCAGAAUAGGCCACAGGAGUAGAGCACCAAGUAGCUUGCCAAGUAACACAGAAGUCAAUCCAAAAGAGCAUGCACAGGCUAUAACAACGAGAAAUGGAGUGCAAUUACCUGAGAGACAAGUGAAUGACCCCGAGGCAAACAGAGAAGAGAUGUCUCCUGAAGUAGAAGAGACUUUAGAGCAAGAAGAGCAGACAAAAGAGCCAACACCGAGUGCAAAUAAAGAAAACUCAAGGGAUAAAGAGACUGCAAUUGUGAACCCAUAUGAGCCACCCAUACCGUUUCCACAGAGGCUGAAGAAGCAAAAGAUGGAGCAGCAAUACAAGAAGUUUCUCGAAGUCUUUAAGAAGCUCCAUAUCAACAUCCCAUUCGCUGAAGCACUGGAAGCUAGGAGAUCACGAGACAGUUAUGCUAACAGAGGAGUGCAGUGCCAGGAUUCGGAGAAAGCUCCCGCCAGAAUUGAAAGAUCCAGGGAGAAAUUGGGAUUGGGAGAAGCUAAAGCUACCACGGUGACCUUACAGCUGGCUGACAGAUCAUUGACACAUCCACGAAGAAUAAUUGAAGACGUAUUAGUUAAAGUGGAGAAGUUUAUAUUCCCAGCAGAUUUUCUUAUUCUAGAUAUGGAAGGAGAUAAAGAUGUUCCUUUAAUACUGGGCAGACCAUUCUUGGCCACAGGCAGAGCUUUGAUCGAUGUUCAGAAUGGGCAGUUGAUACUGAGAUUGGGAGGAGAACAUGUUUCAUUCAAUGUCUUCAAGGCUAUGAAACUACCAAUAGAGACUGACAGCUGUUUCAGGGUUGACAUGAUCGAUAAAAUGAUUGAAAAGCCGUUUACACUGCAAAAUCCAUCAGAUGCAUUGGAGGCCUACAUUGCACAUUCUCAAUCCACAAAAUCUGAUUCUGUGGACAUAGAAAUGUGUGCAAGAUUUUUGGAGUCCAACCCACCUUACACACGGAAACGAUACUUUGAGGAGCUUGGGAUAGGGCCUGAUAAAUCAUAG